AAACAGUAGCUACUUCAAUUCCUCCUGCUUGAUUAAGGAAACAUGGCAGGGAAUAGGCUAAGUUCUACGGCGGCGGCGGUGGCGGUUGCUGUUCUGAUGAUGACCCUCGUUGGCCAAUCUUAUGGUCAGUUGAAGCUAGGGUUUUACAUUGGGAAAUGUGGGAAGAACAAUGUUGAAAAGGUUGUUUUCGACAUUGUCCAAGAUGCUUUCAGAAGCAAUAAUAGAGUUGUAGCUUCUCUACUCCGAUUGCAAUUCCAUGACUGCUUUGUCAGGGGAUGUGAUGCCUCCAUAUUGUUGGAUGGAAGCAACAAUGAGAAAUCUGCACCAGCAAAUACCGGUGUUGGACCUUUUGACCUAAUCGAUGCUUGUAAAACAAGUUUGGAGCAAAAAUGUCCUGGAGUUGUCUCUUGUGCGGAUAUUAUCGUCAUAGCAACUAGAGCUGCUGUUUUCCUGGCUGGAGGAAGAUGGUAUCGUGUUGAAGUUGGAAGAAGGGAUGGUGUUGUUUCACGUGCUGCAGAAGCUCAAUCAAACCUACCUGGACCAACAAUCUCUGUUCCAGGCGCCAUUGAUGUAUUCGGAAGAAGAGGGCUGAACACUGAAGAUUUCGUACUCCUCCUAGGUGCUCACACUACUGGUAGGAUCCAUUGCUCAUUUAUGUUGGAGCGUCUUUACAACUUUCAAGGAUCAGGAAGUGCAGAUCCAACCAUGAACCCAGCCACUGUAUCAUCUCUAAGGAACACAUGCCCUCGUAGUGGAUCAAACAACUUCGUAUUCGCGGACCAAACCCCAGGAAGUGAAUUUAAGGUGGAUAAGGGUUUUUUCCAGGCAAUCAGGCAAGGCAAAGGUACACUCCAAAUUGAUCAACAAAUUGCACUCCACCCACUUACUUCAGGGAUUGUAAGAAGGUUGUCAAUGACUGGUGAUUUUGCCUUUCAAUUUCCUGGUGCAAUGGUCAAGCUUGGUAGGGUUGGUGUUAUUACUGGUAAUCAAGGCCAAAUCAGAAGGAAUUGCCGUCGUGCUAACUAAUACUACUCGUUAUAUUAGUCCAUCUUUAUGACGGAGAAUUGAUAUUUCAAUUUCAGCUCAUCGACUCGAUAUUAGUUCGUGUGUUGGGUUGUUAUCCAAUUAUAGGAUGAUAAGUUCUUUAUGAGUAUUAUUGUAUUGGAACAAUUUGUGUGAUC